CUCCAAAAUGUGAUCAAGUGAUCUUUGAAUAUUUACUAGAACAAAAUAUAAUCAGAAAUCAGAAGGAUCAUUAUUAGUUACUAUUACACGGACCAUUUCGCCGCACGUAUCAAAAUCGACAGAUGCUCCUUCAGCACUUUUAUCGGUAAAGUAAAAUCGAAUUGGGCUUCAGCUCGAGAACAUCGGCUGCACGCAGACGCUUUACCACGGAACCCAAUAAAAACAGCCCAAUCUCCCAGGGCCCAACCCUCCACUCGCUUGAACCGGGUAGAAUAAUGAGAUCCGACCGUCCAAAUUUUGAAGUAAUGGGCAGAUGAAAGCUCUGGCGAGCCCUUUCCGGCGGAUUGAACGGAGUGGAGACGAUGAAGCAAUUGACGCUAAAUUUGGAACCCUCUCACCCUCGGGUGCUGCGGCUCUUCUUCAGGCGAUCGUUUGGGCUGCGGUCGCGGGUGCCGGCUGGGGACGUGGACGAUUAUCCCUACCGCUGUUAAAUAGCGCCCUAAAAGUGGACACCAAUAUACCACGGGCAUCAUCCAACCCGAGUUUCCAUCAGUCAAGAACAACUAUCCUAAAGGGGUUGGAGGUCACGACGAAGGGCUACACUAAACCUUCAAAUCUUGAUAGAUGA